AUGUCACGCCAUCCGAUACCAGUCGAAUCAGAUCGUGAUGAGAGAGUGACAGAGGAGUAUGUGAACUUUGUGCUGUCACAUGCCAUGCCUCAAGCUAUCACUAUUGAGCAAGUACAAAAGGCGACAGAGGAAGAUCCCGUCUUGACUAGUGUCAUAAACGUUGUGCAGUCAGGAGAGUUAUACAAAUUACUUGUAGACGAGGAUCAACGGGUGAAGCCGUACUGGAACGUCAGAGCAGACCUGUGUGUGACGUCGAACGGUAUCUUGCUCAGAGGGAACAGAAUAGUAAUACCGGCAGCAUUACAGAGCCAAGUAGUGAAACUGGCACACCUUGGACAUCAAGGAGUAGUCAAGACAAAGGCUUUGCUGAGGAGUAAGGUUUGGUUCACGGGGAUAGACAAGAUGGUUGAAGCAGAAGUGAAACACUGUCUCCCUUGUCAAGUGAGCACAAGAGAAAACACCAGAGCACCUCUGAAGAUGAGCAAAUGUCCCGAGCAGCCGUGGACUCAUGUGUCUGCGGACUUCUGUGGCCCACUGCCUACGGGUGAAUAUUUGUUAGUGGUCGUUGACGAAUACAGCCGUUACCCAGCUGUAGAGAUCACCCACAGCACAUCUGCUCGGUCGACGAUUCCCCACUUCGACAAGAUCUUUGCCUGCCAUGGCAUUCCCGAAGUGGUGAAGACGGACAAUGGCCCUCCUUUCAAUAGUAGCGAUUUCCGUGGGUUUGCUGGUUACCUUGGAUUCAAACACAGGAGGAUCACGCCGGAGUGGCCAGAGGCUAACGGCGAGGCAGAGCGGUUCAUGAGGACGCUGAAGAAGAAUCUGCAUACCUCAGAGUCUCAGAGGAAACCGUGGAAGCAGGAACUGUGGAAAUUCCUCAGACAGUACAGGGCUACACCCCAUUCGUCAACAAAAGUAGCACCCGCAGAAGCUCUAUUCCACAGGAAUAUCAGAACAGAGUUACCCAGCAUUCAGAGUUUCUCAAAAGAGGAUAUUCACAAAAAUGUGCUGCUCAGUGACAAAAAUGCAAAGGACAGAAUGAAGAGAUAUGCGGACAAACGACGGAGAGCAUGCGAGUCGGAUAUCUGUGUAGGUGACGCUGUCAUACUACAGGAUCCACAUCCGCGUAAGCUGGAUCCACCGUAUUACCCUAAGUUACACGAGGUAGUGAAACGUAAAGGUGAUAUGGUGACCGCUACGCAUGGCUCCAAACCGGUGACCAGAAAUAUAUCCAGGUUCAAGGCAGUGGAUGCCAGAUACCAGUCACAGGACAUGUCCGGUUCAGAAAGUGAUGGGGAUGUCAUUCCGGAUCCUACUGGAGAGAAUGAGGGGACACGUGUAGAAUCCGAUCAGAACAGCCAGACGGAGGAGAGACCGUUGGACAGUUCAUCCAAGGUGCAUCGGGCGAGGGAGCGCCACCGUCCAGCAUAUUUGAAGGACUAUGUGACAUAA